AAUCUCGGAUCAGAGUGGCAAGUUUAAAUCCUGAGUGAGAGGCGAGGCCGGAAGAGUUGCAGCCAGAACGGGACCGAGCGUUGGAUAAGGAGGUUGUCCGCAGGUGCUGUGGCUGAAGCGCACAACCCAAAUGGCGCAAUUUUUAUUUGAAAGUGACUUGCAUGGGCUGUUGAAGCUGGAUGCCCCUAUACCCAACGCACCUCCUGCCCGAUGGCAGCGCAAAGCCAAGGAGGCUGCUGCCGCCAGCACGGGUUCUGUUCCAGAUGUUACUGCUCCUUCGCCCAUGAAACCUGCUAAUAGGCCCCGGAGCACCAGCAAGACCCCCUCCAAAACACCAGGCAAAUCGGGUUCAAAAGCACAGAAUACUCCAAGCAAAACUGGAGGGGAUAGAUAUAUCCCUAAUCGCAGUGCUAUGCAAAUGGAUGUGGCCAACUUCCUCUUAACCAAGGAAGACACCUCUGAUGAGACACCUACCAAGAAGGAGCAUCAGAAGGCCUGGGCAAUGAAUCUUAAUGGCUUUGAUGUAGAAGAGGCAAAAAUCCUGCGCCUGAGUGGAAAGCCCCAGAAUGCCCCUGAAGGAUAUCAGAACAAUCUCAAAGUGCUUUAUAGCCAGAAGAACACACCAGGCUCCACUCGGAAGAACAUGAGAUACAUAUCAUCCAUGUCAGACCGGAUUCUGGAUGCUCCAGAUAUUCGCAACGACUACUAUCUUAACCUCAUUGACUGGAGCUCCCUCAACUUCCUUGCGGUGGCUUUGGAUAAAACACUCUAUUUAUGGCAUUAUGAUUCCCGAGAAAUAAUCCAGCUACUGCAAUUGGAGCACCCUGAUGACUACAUCUCCUCUGUGUCAUGGAUUAAAGAGGGAAACUACCUUGCAAUUGGCACAAGUAAUGCAGAGGUUCAGUUAUGGGACAUCCAGAACAACAAGCGUCUGCGAAACAUGGUCAGUCACUCAUCCCGUGUGAGCUCUCUGAGUUGGAACAACUAUAUUUUGUCCAGUGGGUCAAGAACUGGUCAUAUCCAUCACCAUGAUGUUCGUGUGGCACAGCAUCAUGUGGCAACGCUGGCUGGCCAUACGCAAGAAGUGUGCGGGCUAAAGUGGGCACCCGACGGCCGCUACUUAGCCAGUGGGGGGAACGACAACUUAGUAAACAUCUGGCCAGCCUCACAAGGGGACAGUGCAACUCUACAGCCUGUACAGACCUUCACACAGCAUCAAGGAGCUGUCAAGGCUGUGGCUUGGAGCCCAUGGCAGAACAAUGUGCUAGCAACAGGAGGAGGAACAAGUGACCGGCACAUCAGGAUAUGGAAUGUCUGCUCUGGUACCUGUCUCAAUGAAGUAGAUGCUCAGUCCCAAGUGUGUGCAGUUCUCUGGUCUACAAACUACAAGGAACUUGUGUCUGCUCAUGGCUUUGCCCAGAACCAACUUGUAGUUUGGAAAUACCCAUCUAUGUCCAAGGUUAUUGAGCUAAAAGGUCACACUGCCAGAGUACUAAGCCUGACUAUGAGUCCAGAUGGGUCCACAGUAGCGUCGGCAGCAGCAGAUGAAACUCUGAGGCUCUGGCGCUGCUUUGAGCUCGACCCAACACGGAAAAAGGAAAAGGACAGCAGUACCAAGAGCAGCAUUAUCCACCAAGGCAUUCGCUGAGUCCCGUUCAACCCUCUUACAAGCUAUUGCUUUUGUACAGAAUUUUAAACUAUUAAUAAAUUUUUCACUUUCCCUCCAGAAAUGGUGUAGGUGUCUGGACUAGAGUAUGAAUCACAAGGUGAUAUGAGAAAUUCUGUUUAAUGUAUGAUGGCCAUCUGCAAGGAUGCGGGUUGUAAGCAAUUGUUAUAAAACGGAAAUAAACCACUAACUGUUGAUGGAAAGUUAA